UUUCUCAGGCGCCUAAAUCUAAGAAGAACUCUAGGGCAUGUUCUGCAUUGAUUGUUGCCCUCUCAAAGGCUUCGCUUCCACCAUUCUCUUGCUCUGCGCAUGUUUCCAUCCCCCUUGCUUGCCUUCCCUUUUCUUCCCUUUCUGUUUCCGAUUCUUCUUGACUCUUGCCUGAACCAUGGCAUUCAUGCUGCAUCAACCCAUGCACCAUCAACCCAUGCACCAUCAACCCAUGCACCAUCAACCCAUGCACCAUCAACCCAUGCAACAUCAACCCAUGCAACAUCAACACAUGCAACAUCAACCCAUGCACCAUCAACCCAUGCAACAUCAACCCAUGCAACAUCAACCCAUGCAACAUCAACCCAUGCAACAUCAACCCAUGCAACAUCAACCCAUGCAACAUCAACCCAUGCAACGUCAACCCAUGCAACAUCAACCCAUGCAACAUCAACCCAUGCAACAUCAACCCAUGCAACAUCAACCCAUGCAACAUCAACCCGUGCAACAUCAACCCAUGCAACAUCAACCCAUGCACCAUCAACCCAUGCAACAUCAACCCAUGCAACAUCAACCCAUGCAACAUCAACCCAUGCACCAUCAACCCAUGCAACAUCAACCCAUGCAACAUCAACCCAUGCAACAUCAACCCAUGCAACAUCAACCCAUGCAACAUCAACCCAUGCACCAUCAACCCAUGCAACAUCAACCCAUGCACCAUCAACCCAUGCACCAUCAACCCAUGCACCAUCAACUCAUGCACCAUCAACCCAUGCACAAUCAACCCAUGCAACAUCAACCCAUGCACCAUCAACCCAUGCACCAUCAACCGAUGCACCAUCAACCCAUGCAACAUCAACCCAUGCACCAUCAACCCAUGCAACAUCAACCCAUGCACCAUCAACCCAUGCACCAUCAACCCAUGCAACAUCAACCCAUGCAACAUCAACCCAUGCAACAUCAACCCAUGCAACAUCAACCCAUGCAACUCAACCCAUGCAACAUCAACCCAUGCAACAUCAACCCAUGCAACAUCAACCCAUGCAACAUCAACCCAUGCAACAUCAACCCGUGCAACAUCAACCAUGCAACAUCAACCCAUGCACCAUCAACCCAUGCAACAUCAACCCAUGCAACAUCAACCCAUGCAACAUCAACCCAUGCAACAUCAACCCAUGCAACAUCAACCCAUGCACCAUCAACCCAUGCAACAUCAACCCAUGCACCAUCAACCCAUGCACCAUCAACCCAUGCAACAUCAACCCAUGCACCAUCAACCCAUGCAACAUCAACCCAUGCACCAUCAACCCAUGCAACAUCAACCCAUGCACCAUCAACCCAUGCACCAUCAACCCAUGCAACAUCAACCCAUGCAACAUCAACCCAUGCAACAUCAACCCAUGCAACAUCAACCCGUGCAACAUCAACCCAUGCACCAUCAACCCAUGCAACAUCAACCCAUGCACCAUCAACCCAUGCACCAUCAACCCAUGCAACAUCAACCCAUGCAACAUCAACCCAUGCAACAUCAACCCAUGCAACAUCAACCCAUGCAACAUCAACCCAUGCACCAUCAACCCAUGCAACAUCAACCCACCAUCAACCCAUGCACCAUCAACCCAUGCACCAUCAACUCAUGCACCAUCAACCCAUGCACAAUCAACCCAUGCAACAUCAACCCAUGCACCAUCAACCCAUGCACCAUCAACCCAUCCACCAUCAACCCAUGCAACAUCAACCCAUGCAACAUCAACCCAUGCACCAUCAACCCAUGCACCAUCAACCCAUGCAACAUCAACCCAUGCACCAUCAACCCAUGCACCAUCAACCCAUGCACCAUCAACCCAUGCAACAUCAACGCGUGCAACAUCAACGCAUGCAACAUCAACCCAUGCAACAUCAACCCAUGUACCAUCAACCCAUGCAACAUCAACCCAUGCAACAUCAACCCAUGCAACAUCAACCCAUGCAACAUCAACCCAUGCAACAUCAACCCAUGCAACAUCAACCCAUGCACCAUCAACCCAUGCAACAUCAACCCAUGCACCACCAACCCAUGGUGCAACUGCAUCAACCUGUGCAACAUCGACCAACCAUGCACUCUGCACCAAUCCAACAUCAGGACGGCAUGGUGCGGCAUGCAGUGGAGGAGGGCAUCGACCACCUCCUGGCAUUGAGGGAGACUGAUCCGGAGAGAGAUCUGCUUAGUCGCAUGAGCUCCAAGAUACAGCGGUUAUGGCCAGAGUUUUUGCGAAUUUGACGAGUGUUGAUGGGUAUGCAACAUAAUCUUGGCAUUGAAUUGAAUUAUGUAUGUGCAUGUGGGGCGUGUUCAAAUGGUUCAUCUUAAUCUUUGUUUUACAGCUCUUCGUUGAGGAAGAGUUGAUGGAUGGGCUCGCAUAUUUUUUGUCCGUUGCCCUUGUGUGCAUGCAUUAAAUUGAAUGGUUGCUUUAGCUUAUUAAUUGUACAGACUCUAACUAACUUCC